CACCACCCGCCUAGGAAAUGCUUAAUGAUUGCUUUUUACCGAUGAGGCGUGCCAUCAUGGGAAAGUAGUGGCAAAAAAAUGUGAAUAUAUAGGACCGACGUUAGCCCCAGCUUCCCCGCAUUCUUCAGAUUCCCCGGAUCUGAACAAUAGCACACAUACAUAGUGUCUUCCUACACAAUGCAAAGGACUACCAAAGAAAAAGACGACAUGUUGCCAGACGUGGAACAAAUUGAUACGGUGGACAACCAGGAAAUGUCCAAGAAACAAGAAGAAAUGUUUACGCCCGAAGAGGAACGUAAACUUAUCAGGAAACUAGACUUUUGGAUCAUGCCGCUCUUAAUGGUCACAUACAUGCUGCAAAGCUACGACAAAGGCGUCAUGGCCGCCGCCACACAGUUCAACUUCGCCAUUGACCUCAAACUUACAGUCGUCACUGGUCAUACCGAGACCGGCGGCCCCAUCACCGACAACAGCAAGUACGCCAACGCGUCCAUGAUGUUCUACAUUGGCUACCUUGUCGGCACAUAUCCCAUGAUGUUUCUGUGCCAGCUCUACUCUACACCCAAGGUUGUCGCGGCCGCCACGUUCCUCUGGGGCGGCGUGCUCAUGACAACCGCCGCCUGCUCCAACUAUGCCGGUAUCAUGCUCAACCGCUUCUUCCUCGGUUUCCUCGAAUCGGCCGUCGCACCCGCAUUCACAGUCCUCGUGACCUUUUGGUGGACGCGCCGCGAGCAAGCACUCCGCACUGGCCUGUGGUAUAGCUGCGUAGGCGUCGCCACGACCAUUUCGCCCUUGAUCAACUACGGCCUGGGCCAGACGCACGGCAGCCUCCCGUCGUGGAAGCCCAUGUUUCUCAUCCUCGGGGCAGUCACUAUCCUGUGGUCCUUUGUGCUCUUCUUCGUACUGCCAGAGAACCCUAUGGCUACGAGCCGCCUGACGGAUCGGGAAAAGAUGGUGGCCAUGGCGCGGCUGGAGCGCGACAAUAUUGGCACUACCAUAGAUAAGACGUUCAAUAGGGCGCAGUUUUGGGAAACGUUUCGCGACUACAAGGUCUGGGGCGGUGCAUUCAUCAUCCUGCUUACUGGUGUGCCGUCUGGCGCCUUGGGGACCUUUGGCACUAUUGUUAUUAACGGAUUUGGCUUCAACCACUUUGAGUCGCUGGCGCUGACUUGUCCCAUUGGCGCUGUGACAUGCUCGUCGAUUCUUUUGACGGGCUACAUUACGCGCAGGUGGAACAAUACUCGGUACUUGUCCAUUGCUGUAUGCGCACUCAUCUCCAUGGCAGGAACUCUGAUUUGCUGGCUUGGACCGCGAAGUAACAGAGGGUUGCUAUUUGCUGGCAUUUUCCUUGUUGCUGUCCAAGUUGCGGCCGGCGGACUUGCCGUUGGACUGGUUGCGUCAAAUGUUGCUGGCUAUACCAAAAAGUCAACAGCUAGCGCGGCUACCUUUGUCGGAUACUGUGUAGGCAACGUUGUUGGGCCCAUCAUCUUUGGGGCUUCUCCAGGGCCGCUGUAUCAUGCUGGAUUUGUAGGCAGCUUCGUGUGUCUCUGUGGAGUCUUUGUGUUGAGCAUUAUGCUUGUUACAGCUUUGCAUCUCGAGAACAAAAGAAGAGACAAGCAAGCCGGCGGCCAGGGCGAGGCGGCUUCUACGGCGCAAGAUCUCACGGAUAUGCAGAACAAGAGCUUCCGCUAUGUCCUUUGAAGAGGAUUGUAAAAAUAUAGUUCAUUCGCAAAUUGUACAAAUAAUUUCUCUCACGAGUAUGUGCCUUAAAUGGUUGCUAGAAUAUUCUCAAGUUCCAAUACC